GUGGACAAGAAUUUAAUGAAUGUAGACAUCUCCCACAACCUGCUCCAGGCACUGGACAGCGCGUUCCUGGCGAACCUCUCGGCGCUGACAGAGCUGGACAUAAGCGACAACAAGAUUUCUACAUUAGAAGAAGGAAUAUUUGCUAAUUUAUUUAAUUUAAGUGAAAUAAACCUGAGCGGGAACCCGCUGGAGUGUGACUGUGGUCUGGCCUGGCUGCCGCGCUGGGCGGAGGAGCAGCAGGUUCGCGUGGUGCGGCCCGAGGCGGCCACAUGCUCUGGGCCUGGCCCCCUGGCUGGCCAGCCCCUCCUCAGCGUCCCUCUGCUGGACAGUGGCUGUGGUGAGGAGUACAUCGCCUGUGUCCCUGACGACAGCUCGGGCACCGUGGUGCUGCUGGCCUUCUCAGCUGCCCAUGAGGGCCCGCUGGCAACUGAGGCCUGCAGCGCCUUCUGCUUCGUGGCUGGCCAGGACCUCGCAGCCCUCUCCGAGCAGGGCCGGUGCCUGUGUGGGGCGGCCCAGCCCCCCAAUGCCUCUUCUGCCUGCCUGCCCUUCUGCUCCAGCCCCCCGCUGCCCCCCACCCCCACCUGUGGGGGCCCCACCCUUCUCCAGAACAUCUUCCCUGCCUCCCCAGGGGCUGCCCUGGUGGGGCCCCGAGGACCCCUGGCCUCUGGUCAGCCAGCAGCCUUCCAUGUGUCUGCCCCACUGCCUGUUAGCUCCACCCGCUGGGACUUUGGCGAUGGCUCCCCUGAGGUGGAUGUUGCUGGCCAGGAGGCUAAUCACUGCUACAUGCUGCCUGGGCACUAUCAUGUGACAGCUGUGCUGGCCCUGGGGGAUGGCUCUGCUCGAUUGGGGGCGGAGGUACAGGUGGAGGCCGCUCCCGCAGCCCUGGAGCUCAUCUGUCUGGCCUCGGUGCGCAGUGACGAGACCCUGCAGUUCGGGGUCCGAAACCGAGGCGGCUCCAGCCUCCAGGCUGCCUACAGCAUCGUAGCCCUGGGAGAGGAGCCAGCCCAAGUGGUGCAUCCGCUCUGCCCCUCGGACACUGAGAUCUUCCCUGGUAAUGGGCACUGCUACCGCCUGGUGGCAGAGAAGGCAGCCUGGCUGCAGGCGCAGGAGCGGUGCCGGUCCUGGGCUGGGGCUGCCCUGGCCAUGGUGGACAGUCCUGCUGUCCAGCACUUCCUGGUCUCCCGUGUCACCAGGAGCCUGGACGUGUGGAUCGGCUUCUCUGCUGUGGAGGGAGCUGAGGUGGGCCCAGCGCCGCAGGGCGAGGCCUUCAGCCUGGAAAGCUGCCAGAACUGGCUGCCGGGGGAGCCACACCCUGCCACGGCUGAGCGCUGUGUGAGGCUUGGGCCUGCUGGGCAGUGCAACACGGACCUGUGCUCGGUGCCGCACAGCUAUGUCUGUGAGCUGCAGCCUGGAGGCCCCGUGCGGGAUGCAGAGAACUUCCUCGUGGGAGCACCCAGGGGGGACCUGCAGGGGCCCCUGAGCCCCCUGGCACAGCAGGAGGCCCUCUCAGCCCCCCGGGAGCCCGUCGAGGUGAUGGUGUUCCCUGGCCUGAGCCUGAGCCGUGAAGCCUUCCUCACUUCUGCUGAGUUUGGGACCCAGGAUCUCAGCCAGCCCGCCCAGCUGCGGCUGCAGGUGUACCGGCCCAUGGAAGGAGCAGGGGCCCCAGAAAACAUCAGUGAUCCCCAGAGUAGGUCCCUGGAGAACAGGACUGAGCCAGCCCCUUCAUGUAUACCGGAAGAACACCAGUGCCCCAGAUCCAACAUCUGUCUGCCGCUGGAUGCCCCCUGCCACCUCCAGGCCUGUGCCAAUGGGUCCACAUCAGGGCUGGGGCUCCCUGAUGUCUCCUAUGCACUGUGGAAAGAGUUCCUCUUCUCCGUGCCUGCAGGUCCCCCCACCCAGUACUCGGUCACCUUCCAUGGCCAAGACAGCCCCCUGCUCCCUGGUGACCUCAUCAGCUUGCAACAUGAUGCUGGACCAGGCACCUUCCUGCACUGCCCCCAGGCACUCGGCCACCCUGGCCCCGAGGUCCCAUACUUCUUCACCAACGUCUCAGCCUGGCUGGCCCACCUGCCUGCCCAGCUAGAGGUGGCCCCAACUGGCCCUGCUUGUGCCCUGCGGCUGCUUGCUGCCACAGAGCAGCUCACCCCUCUGCUAGGCCUGAGCCCCAACCCGGGGCUGCAGCAGCCCGGGCACUAUGAGGUCAGGGCCACAGUGGGCAACCACGUGUCCAGGCAGAACCUGUCCUGCAGCUUUGAUGUGCUUUCCCCGGUGGCCGGGCUUCGGGUCAUCUACCCCACCCCCGACGACAGCCGCAUCUUCAUGCCCACCAAUGGCUCGCUCAUGGUGCUCCAGGUGGACUCCGGUGCCAAUGCCACGGCUACAGUACGCUGGCCAGGGGGCAAUGUCAGCGCACCCUUUGAGGCCACUUGCCCUACCAUGGUGGCUGCCCUGGUGCCUGGCUGUACCCACGAGGCCAACGCCACCCUAUUCUCGGUGCUGGAGUUGCCCAGGCUCAGUGAGGGUGAACAUGAGGUGGACAUUGUGGUGGAGAAUGGUGCCGGCCGAGCCGACCUCAGCCUGCAGGUGAAGGCUGAGGAGCCCAUCCGUGGCCUCCGCGCCAUGCCCAGCCCUGAGGCCCGCGUGCUGCAGGGUGUCUUGGUGAGGUACAGCCCCGUGGUGGAGGCUGGCUCAGACGUGGUCUUCCGCUGGACCAUUGAUGACAAGCAGUCCCUGACCUUUCACAACGUGGUCUUCAAUGUCAUCUACCAGAGCGCUGCCAUCUUCAAGCUCUCGCUGACAGCCUCCAACCAUGUGAGCAAUGUCACUGUGAACUACAAUGUCACUGUGGAGCGGAUGCACAGGAUGCGGGGCCUGCAGGUAUCUGCGCUGCCACUCGUGCUGCCCCCCAAUGGCACGCUGGCACUGGCGGCCCACGUGCUGGUGGACUCGGCUGUGGAGGUGGCCUUCCUGUGGACCUUCGGGGAUGGGGAGCAGGUGAUCGGCCAGUUCAAGCCUCCAUACAACGAGUCCUUCCAGGUCCCAGACCCUACAGUGGCCCAGGUGCUGGUGGAGCACAAUGCAACACACACCUACACCGUCCCAGGUGAAUACAACCUGACCCUGCUUGUGUCCAAUGCCUUCGAGAACCUGACGCAGAAGGUGCUUGUGAGUGUGCGUGCCACCCUGCCCACCUUGGCCGUGGCCAUGGGUAGUCAUGUCCUGGUGGCUGGCCAGCCUGUUACCUUCUUCCCACACCCACUGCCCUCCCCCGAGGGCGUCCUGUAUACAUGGGACUUCGGGGAUGGUUCCCCAGCUGUGACACAGCCCCAGCCAGAGGUCAACCACACGUAUGCCUCGAGAGGCAUGUACCACAUCUGCCUGGAGGUCAACAACACUGUCAGCAGCACAGUGGCAGGUGUCAGUGUCCGUGUCUUCGAGGAGCUCCGUGGCUUGACUGUGAACCUGAGCCCAGCUGUGGAGCAGGGUGCACCUGUUGUGGUCAAUGCCACCCUGGAUUCGGGCGACAACGUCACAUGGACUUUCGACAUGGGGGAUGGCACAGUGCUCACGGGCCCUGAGGCCGUGGUGGAGCACGUGUACCUGCGGGCUCAGAACUGCACAGUGACUGUGGGCGCGUCCAGCCCCGCCGGCCGCCUGGCCCAGAACCUGCCUGUGCAGGUCUUUGUCCUGGAGGUGCUGUGGAUCGACCCUGUGUUCUGCAUCCCCACCCAGCCCCACGCCCGGCUCACGGCCCAUGUCACUGGGGACCCUGCUCACUACGUCUUUGACUGGACCUUUGGGGACGGCUCAUCCAACACGACCGUCCAGGGGGACCCAACAGUGACUCACAACUUCACGCGCAGUGGCACAUUCCCCCUGGCGCUGGUCCUAUCGAGCCACGUGAACAAGGCGCAUUACUUCAGCAGUGUCUGUGUGGAGCCCGAGGUGGGCAACAUCACCCUGUGGCCCGAGAGGCAGUUCGUGCAGCUCGGGGACGAGGCUGGGCUGGUGGCCCGUGCCUGGCCCCCAUUCCCCUACCGGUACACCUGGGACUUCGGCACUAAGGAUGCUGCCACCCGUGUCGGGGGCCCUGAGGCCACAUUUAUGUACCGGGACUCGGGUUCCUACCUGGUGACAGUCACUGUGUCUAAUAACAUCUCGGCUGCCAAUGACUCGGCGCUCGUGGAGGUGCAGGAGCCCGUGGAGCUCACAGGCAUCAGGGUCAACGGCUCCCACGUUCUGGAGCUGCAGCAGCCCUACCUGUUCUCCGCUGAGGGCCGUGGACACCCCGCCACCUACCUUUGGGAGCUGGGGGACGGCGGGCAGUUCGAGGGCCCCACAGUCACCCACGCCUACAACUGCACGGGCUACUUCACUGUCAAGGUGGCCGGUUGGAAUGAGGUGAGCCGGGGGGAGGCCUGGCUGAAUGUCACGGUACAGCAGCGCGUGCGGGGACUCAGUGUCAAUGCCAGCCGCACAGUGGUGCCCCUGAACGGCAGCGUGAGCUUCAGCACUGUGCUGGAGGCAGGCAGCAACGUGCACUACUCCUGGGUCCUCUGUGACCGCUGUACGCCCAUCCCCGGGGGCCCCACCAUCUCCUACACCUUUCGCUCCAUCGGCACCUUCAACAUCAUUGUCACGGCUGAGAACGAGGUGGGCACUGCCCAGGACAGCAUCUUCAUCUAUGUCCUGCAGCACAUCGAGGGGCUGCAGGUGGUGGGUGGCGGCAAUAGCUGCUGCUUCCCCACCAACCGCACGCUGCAGCUGCAGGCUGCGGUCCGGGACGGCACCAACAUCUCCUACAGCUGGACUGCCCAGGGGGAUGGCGGCCCAACCCUCACUGGCAGCGGCAAAGCCUUCUCACUCACUGUGCUUGAGGCUGGCACCUACCACAUCCAGCUGCGGGCCACCAAUAUGCUGGGCAGUGCCUUGGCCAACCGCACUGUGGACUUUGUGGAACCUGUUGGGUGGCUGGCUGCGGCUGCCUCCCCAAACCCAGCUGCUGUCAACACAAGUGUCGCCCUCUGUGCUGAGCUGGCUGGUGGCAGUGGUGUCACUUACACCUGGUCUCUGGAGGAAGGGCUGAGCUGGGAGACCCCAGAGCCAUCCACCACCCUCGCCUUUCCCACCCCCGGUCUGCACCUGGUCACAGUCAUGGCCAAGAACCAGCUGGGCUCAGCCAAUGCCACCAUUGAAGUGGCCGUGCAGGUGCCUGUGAGUGGCCUCAGCAUCAGGGCCGGUGAACUGGACUGCAGCUUUGUGGUAACCGGCUCCACCGUGCCCUUCUCAGGGCAGCUGGCCUCGGGCACCGAUGUGAACUGGUCCUGGGCCAUGCCGGGUGGCGACAGGCAUGGCCAGCACGUCACCAUGAUCUUCCCUGACGCUGGCACCUUCUCCAUUCAGCUCAAUGCCUCCAACACGGUCAGCUGGAUCAUAGCCACACACAACCUCACGGUGGAGGAGCCAGUCAUGGGCCUGGUGCUGUGGGCCAGCAGUAAGGUGGUAGAGCCUGGGCAGCUGAUCCACUUUCAGAUCCUGCUGGCCACCGGCUCGGCUGUCAGCUUCCACCUGCAGGUGGGCGUGGCUGGCCUCGAGGCACUUCCUGGGCCCCACUUCUCCCGAAGUUUCCCCCACGUCGGGGAAUACACAGUGAGUGUCCAGGCCAAGAACCACGUGAGCCGGGCACAGGCGCAGGUGCGCAUCUCGGUGCUAGAGGCCGUGGCUGGGCUCCAGGUGCCCGACUGCUGUGAGCUGGCCAUCGCCACGGGCGCUGAGAGGAACUUCACGGCCCGGGUGCAGCGGGGGACCCGAGUUGCCUAUGCGUGGUACUUCUCCUUACAGAAGGUCCAAGGGGACUCACUGGUCAUCCUGUCGGGCCGUGAUGUCACCUACACCCCAGUGGCUGCAGGGCUGCUGGAGAUACACGUGCGAGCUUUCAACGAGCUGGGUGGCGUGAACCGCACACUCAUGGUUGAGGUCCAGGAUGUCAUCCAGCACGUGGCGCUGCGCAGCAGCCGCUGCUUCACCAACCGCUCGGCCCGCUUCGAGGCUGCCACCAGCCCCAGCCCCCGGCGCGUGGCCUACCACUGGGAUUUCGGCGACGGGACCCUGGUUGAGGACACAGAGGUACCUUGGGCUGCCCACUCCUACCUGCAGCCUGGGGACUACCAUGUAGAGGUGAAUGCCUCCAACCUGGUGAGCUUCUUCGUGGCACAGGCCACAGUCACUGUCCACGUGUUGGCCUGUAGGGAGCCCGAGGUGGACGUGGCCCUGCCCCCGCAGGUGCUGAUGCGACGUUCCCAGCGCAACUACCUGGAGGCUCAUGUUGACCUGCGUAACUGUGUCACCUACCAGACUGAAUACCGCUGGGAGGUGUACCGUGCCACUAGCUGCCAGCGAUCUGGGCGCAUGACCCAUGUGACUCUGCCUGGCGUGGAUGUGAGCCGGCCUCAGCUGGUGGUACCACGGCUGGCACUUCCCGUGGGCCACUACUGUUUCGUGUUUAUGGUGUCAUUUGGGGACACACCCCUUGCACGGAGCAUCCAGGCCAAUGUGACCGUGGCCCCUGAGCGCCUGGUGCCCAUUGUUGAGGGUGGCUCCUACAGAGUGUGGUCAGACACUCAAGACCUGGUGCUGAAUGGCAGCAAGUCCUAUGACCCCAACCUGGAGGAUGGUGACCAGACGCCGCUCAGCUUCCACUGGGCCUGCGUGGCCUCGACACAGAGUGAAACUGGCGGGUGUGUACUGAACUUCGGGCCCCGUGGGAGCAGCGUGGUCACCAUCCCGCGGGAGCGCCUGCAGGCUGGCGUAGAGUACACCUUCAACCUGACUGUGUGGAAAGCCGGCCGGAAGGAGGAGGCCACCAACCAGACGGUGCUGAUCCGGAGUGGCCGGGUGCCCAUUGUGUCUUUGGAGUGCGUGUCCUGCAAGGCGCAGGCCGUGUAUGCUGUGAGCCGCAGCUCCUACGUGUACCUGGAGGGUCGCUGUGACAGCUGCAGCGGGGGCUCCACACGAGGGCGCUGGGCGGCACGCACCUUUAGCAACGAGACGCUGGUGCUGGAUGAAACGACCACGUCCACGGGCAGCACGGGCAUGCGGCUAGUGGUGCGGCGUGGCGUGCUGCGGGACGGUGAGGGCUACACGUUCACACUCACAGUGCUGGGCCGCUCCGGCGAGGAGCAGGGCUGCGCCUCCAUCAGCCUCUCCCCCAACCGCCCUCCACUGGGGGGCUCCUGCCGCCUCUUCCCCCUCGAGGCUGUGCAUGCUCUCAUCACCAAGGUGCACUUCGAGUGUGUAGGUUGGCAGGACGCGGAAGACGCAGGUGCUCCCUUGGUGUAUGCCCUGCUGCUGCGGCGUUGUCGCCAAGGCCACUGCGAAGAGUUCCGUGUCUACAAGGGCAGCCUUUCCACCUACGGGGCUGUGCUGCCGCCCGGCUUUGCACCUCGCUUUGUGGUAGGCCUGGCUGUGGUUGUGCAGGACCAGCUGGGUGCAGCUGUGGUUGCACUCAACAACUCUCUGGCCAUCACUCUGCCAGAGCCCCCCAGAGACCCUGCCGACAGCCCGCUGGACCUCACGCUCUGGCUGUACAGCCUCACAGAGAGCAUGCUGCCUGGGCUGCUGAGACAGGCCGACCCCCAGCAUGUCAUCGAGUACUCACUGGCCCUCAUCACCGUGCUCAACGAGUACGAACAUACUCUGGCCAUGGUGGCAGAGCCGGACCUCAAGCAGCAGCUGCGUGCCCAGAUACGCAAGAACAUCACGGAGACACUGGUCUCCCUGCGGGUCAACACCGUGGAUGACAUUCAGCAGGUUGCAGCUGCGCUGGCCCAGUGCACGGUGUCCAGCAGGGGGCUGUUGUGUCGCUCGUGCCUGAAGAAGACGUUGCAUAAGCUGGAGGGCAUGAUGCGUAUCCUUCAGGCGGAGACUGCCGCGGGCACUGGGACACCCACUGCCAUUGCCGACAGCAUCCUCAACAUCACAGGCGACCUCAUCCACCUGGCCAGCUCAGACAUGCAGGGCCCGCAGCCGUCAGAGCUGGGGGCUGAGCUGCCAUCACUGAUGGUGGCAUCCAGGGCCUACCACCUCUCGUCAGCCCUCAUGUGCAUCCUCAUGCGCUCCCGUGUGCUCAACGAGGAGCCCCUGACCCUGGCGGGUGAGGAGAUUGUGGCGCAGGGCAAGCGCUCGGACCCGCUGAGCCUGCUGUGUCAGGGCAACGCCUCGGUCCCUGGCUGCCACUUUUCCAUCCCCACGGCCUUCAGUGGGGCCCUGUCUAACCUCAGUGACGUGGUGCAGCUUAUCUUCCUUGUCGACUCCAAUCCCUUUCCCUUUGGCUACAUCAGCAACUACACCGUCUCCACCAAGGUGGCGUCCAUGGCCUUCCAGACACAGGCUGGUGCCCAGAUCCCUAUCAGGCAGCUAGCCUCAGAGCGUGCCAUCACGGUGAAGGUGCCCAACAACUCAGACCAGGCUGCCCACGGCCACCACCUCCCUGCCGGCUCUGCCGUCAUCCAGCCCCAGGCCUCGGUCAGCGUUGUGGUCACCCCUGAGAACAGCAACCCGGAGGCUGGACUGCACCUGCAGCUCACCUACACGGUGCUCAACGAGCUCUACCUGCCCGAGGAGCCCGAGCCCUUCCUGGCUGUCUACUUGCACUCAGUGCCCCAUCCCAAUGAGCACAACUGCUCAGCCAGCAGGAGGAUCAGCCCAGAGGCCCUGGCCGGGGACGACCACAGGCCCUACACCCUCUUCAUCGCCCCCGGGACAGGAGACCUGGGCAGGAGCUACUACCUGAACCUGACCAGCCACUUCCGUUGGUCAGCACUGGAGGUGUCUGUGAGUCUCUACACGUCCCUCUGCCAGUACUUCAGUGAGGAGGAGAUGGCGUGGCGGACAGAAGGGCUGGUGCCCCUGGAGGAGACCUCACCCAGCCAGGCUGUCUGCCUCACCCGCCACCUCACCGCCUUUGGCGCCAGCCUCUUUGUGCCCCCCAGCCACGUCCACUUCAUCUUCCCUGAGCCGGCCUCUGGCAUGAAUUACAUUGUUCUGCUGACAUGUACAGUAUGCCUGGUAACCUACACGGUCAUGGCUGGGAUUCUGCGUAAGCUGGACCAGCUAGACGUCCGCCGGGUCCGCGUCAUCCCUUUCUGUGGGAAGGGGGGCCGCUUCAAGUAUGAGAUCCUGGUCAAGACUGGUUGGGGCCGGGGCUCAGGUACCACAGCGCAUGUGGGCAUCAUGCUGUACGGGGCAGACAGUCGGAGUGGCCACCGGCACCUGGACGGGGACAGAGCCUUCCACCGCAACAGCCUGGACAUCUUCCAGAUCGCCACCCCGCACAGCCUGGGCAGUGUGUGGAAGAUCCGCGUGUGGCAUGACAACAAAGGACUCAGCCCCGCCUGGUUCCUGCAGCACGUCAUCGUCAGGGACCUGCAGAAUGCCCGCAGCACCUUCUUCCUGGUUAACGACUGGCUGUCGGUGGAGACUGAGGCCAACGGGGGCCUGGUGGAGAAGGAGGUGCUGGCAGCAAGCGACGCGACCCUGCGGAGAUUCCGGCGGCUCCUCGUGGCUGAGCUGCAGCGCGGCUUCUUUGACAAGCACAUUUGGCUUUCAAUAUGGGACCGGCCACCUCGGAGCCGCUUCACUCGUGUCCAGAGGGCUACAUGCUGUGUCCUCCUCAUCUGCCUCUUUCUGGGUGCCAAUGCUGUGUGGUAUGGCGUUGUGGGAGAUGCUGCCUACAGCCUGGGGCCUGUGUCCAAUCUGAUCCCUCUGAGCUUCGAUACAGUCGCUGUUGGCCUGGUGUCCAGUGUGGUUGUCUACCCCGUCUACUUGGCCAUCCUGUUCCUCUUCCGGAUGUCCCGGAGCAAGGUGGCUGGGGGUCUGAGCCCCACCCCCGUGGGGCCACAGGCACUGGAUGUGGACAGCUGCCUGGACUCGUCUGUGCUGGACAGCUCCGUCGUUGCGUUCCCAGGACUCCGUGCAGAGGCCUUUGCUGGACAAGUGAAACAGGACUUAUUUCUGGAGGAUUCUAAAAGCCUGGUGUGCUGGCCAUCCAGCGAAGGCACGCUCAGUUGGCCAGACUUGCUGAGUGACCCAUCUGUCAUGGGCAGCACCCUGCAGCGGCUGGCCUGGGGCCAGAUGGGCUGCACACUGGGCCCAGAGGAGGACAGUGUCUCCCUAGUCAGUCCCUCCUCCCCUGCCAAAUACUUCUCAGCUUCAGAUGAAGACCUGAUCCGGCAGAUCCUGGCUGAAGGGGUCAGUAGCCUGGUCCCUACCCAGGACACUCUGGGAGAAACGGACCUGCGCACUGGCCUGUCCAGAAUCUGCCUCUUCUCUCCAUCUGCCCAAACAUCCUCCUCUACCUGGACCAUUCUGCUCAUCCUCUGCAGCUCAUCCCCACUCUGUGCCAGAGAGAGCCUGUUCCCUGCAGCAGGCCCCGUCACUCCACCCCUGGGGCCGUGGUAUCUACUGCCACUUAAUAGGUCCAGCACUCCCGGGGACAGGACUCAGACGCUGAUGCUGCAGAAACUGGAGGAGAGAGGGUCGCCUAGUCCGGGCCCGACGUGGGAGCAGCUCCAGUCAGCCAAGCUUUCCAGGACAGGGCUGGUGGAGGGUCUGCGGAAGCGACUGCUGCCUGCUUGGUGUGCUCCCCUGGCUCAUGGGCUCAGCCUGCUCCUGGUGGCCAUGGCCGUGGGGGUGUCGGGGUGGGUGGGUGCCAGCUUCCCACCCAGUGUGUCCGUCAUGUGGCUCCUCUCAAGCAGCUCCAGCUUCCUGGCCUCAUUCCUCUGCUGGGAACCGCUCAAGAUCCUGCUGGAAGCCCUAUACUUCUCACUGGUGGCCAAGCGGCUGCACCCCGAUGAGGAUGACACCCUGGUGGAGAGCCCGGCUGUGACGCCUGUGAGCGAGCGUGUGCCCCGAGUGCGGCCACCCCAUGGCUUUGCGCUCUUCCUGGCAAAGGAGGAAGCCCGGAAGGUCAAGAGGCUGCAUGGGAUGCUAAGGGGCCUUCUGGUAUACAUGUUCUUCCUGCUGGUGACGCUGCUGGCCAACUAUGGGGACACUUCAUGCCACAGCCAUGCCUACCACCUGCAGAGCGCCAUCAAGCAGGAGCUGGACAGCCGGGCCUUCCUGGCCAUCACCCGGUCUGAUGAGUUCUGGCCGUGGAUGUCCCAUGUGCUGCUCCCCUACAUCCAUGGGAACCAAUCUAGACCAGAGCUGGGGCCCCCACGACUACGGCAGGUGCGGCUGCAGGAAGCACUUUGCCCAGAACCUCCUGGCUCAGGGGCCCUCACAUGCUCAGCAGCCUCAGGGAGCUUCAGCACCGGUGACUAUGCCAUUGGCUGGGGGAGUGCUGCCCAUAACGGCUCUGAGACAUGGGCCUACUCCGCACCAGACCUGCUAGGCGUCUGGUACUGGGGCUCCUGUGCUGUGUAUGACAGCGGGGGCUACGUGCAGGAGCUUGGGCCCAGCCUAGAGGAGAGCCGCGCGCAGCUGGGCUUCCUGCAGCUGCAUAACUGGAUAGACAACAGGAGCCGCGCAGUGUUCGUGGAGCUCACGCGCUACAGCCCAGCCGUGGGGCUGCACGCCUCAGUCACGCUGCGCCUUGAGUUCCCAGCCGCCGGACACGCCGUGGCGGCCCUCAGCGUCCGCCCGUUCGCCCUUCGGUGGCUUAGCCUGUGCCAGCCCCUCACUCUUGCCGUCUUCCUGCAGUUGGUCUCCUCCUGUGUGGACUCCCUUCGGAGCGCAGCUCGGACCCUCUUGGUGCUGUGCCCAGGUGCUGGGAGUCCUGCCCUGUGCCCUGCCGAGUCCUGGCGCCUGUCCCCCGUGUUGUGCACCGGGCUCUGGGCCCUGCGGCUGUGGGGUGCCCUGAGGCUGGGGGCAGUCCUUCUGCGGUGGCGGUACCAUGCUCUGCGGGGGGAGCUCUACCGCCCAGCCUGGGAGCCGCAGGACUACGAGAUGGUGGAACUGUUCCUGCGCAGGCUGCGCCUCUGGAUGGGCUUCAGCAAGGUUAAGGAGUUUCGCCACAAAGUCCGCUUUGAAGGGAUGGAGCCAUUACCCUCCCGCUCAUCUAGGGGCUCCAAGUCUUCUCCGGACAUGCCCCCACCCAGUGGGGGCUCCGACGCUUCUCGCCCCUCCACCUCCUCCAGCCAGCUGGACGGGCUGAGCGUGAACAUGGGCCUGGGCCGGCCAGGGCCCCGAGGGGAGACAGAGCCUGAGCCCUCCCGCCUCCAAGCUGUGUUUGAGGCCUUGCUGGCCCAGUUCGACCGACUCAACCAGGCCACGGAGGACGUCUAUCAGCUGGAACGCCGGCUGCAGAGCCUGCGUGGCCUCAGGAACAGUGGGCCCCCAGCUUCCACUCCCACCUUCCCCCUCCCAGGCCUGCGGCCAGCCCUGCCCAGCCGCCUGGCCCGGGCCAGUCGAGGGGUUGGCCUGACUACAGGCCCCAGCAGGGUGUCCCUGCGGGCCAAGAAUAAGAUCCACCCCAGCAGCACUUAGCCUCCGGGCAUCUGGGCUCAUGCCUCUUCCCUGGGGUGGGCCUGUGACUUUACUCCGGCCCCUCAGAGCCAGAGCAGACGCCGCUUAGUAUUAUCUUCUGCCACCCUCCAGGUUUCGGGCCAGGCAGAACAGCUGCACACAGGUCCCCCAGAGAAUGGACAGCACUUGUCUGUCUCUCUGUGGGCUUCAGCACUUUAAAGAGGCCAUGUGGCCAGCCAGGACCCAGGGUCCCCUCCUCAGUUCCCUGUGGGAGGACACAGCAGUAUUGGACUGAGUGCCCAGCCUCUGAGAUGCUAAUUUAUUUCCCAAGUCCUCAGGUACAGCGGGCUGUGCCCGGCCCCACCUCCUGGGCAGACAUCUAUCUCCCCUUGCUAAGGAUCCAGGCUGCGGGGAGGGAAUCUGCACUUCCUGUUAUCCUCCCCCUAAAUUAUUACCUCCUGCCCCCUUGCUGAGUGCACUCACCUCCAGCCACCGCUGUGUGUCUAUUGUCAGUAAUUUAUGUGGGGUUAAAAUGUAUAUAUUUUUGUACGUCGCUUUUUUUCAGUAGGGUCAAGGGGCUUGGUGGCUGAACCAACCUGCACCCACUGUCACCCACAGCGAGGGGGAGCUGGGACUGCAGAGCUGGCCUUCUUCCCCAGACACCUGCCUUUAUGGCUGGGGAAGCAACAGCUGCUUCUUGGAACCAAGUCUGGCCUUGGGCAGAUGGGGCUGUUGGAUGGGGCACCAUCACCACUGUGGCCUUAUUUUCCUGCCCUGCCCAAGGUGGGGCAGGGAGAAGGAAGGCCUAGGGCCUGCUGGCGUCAGGUCUAGGGGAGGGACAGGGCCCGUGCAUGGCACAGGACCCCAGGGUAGGUAAGGGGAAAGACCUCUCCCCGGGAGCUGGCUCUCGGGCCAGGAGAGGUGAGUGUGACAGUGCAUGUGUGAAAACCCGCAUGGUGGCACGUGAGGCUUUCCUGAGGGUGAGGCCCCACUAGCAGCCAGAUAGGCCACUGCCCUUGUCCAGUGGGCAUGGCCAAAGCUACAGCCUUAAUCCCACCCUGUCCCCUGAUAGACGAAGUCAAAUAAAUGAGUUGGCUGAC